CGUCCUGUUCACUUCCUUCAAGGUCGUAUUGUCCAAGGCCGGUCGUUCUAACAGUCAUACGUUCUUACUUUUCAUAAAGCAUGGCAUCUCAGAGGAAGUUUUUUGUUGGAGGAAAUUGGAAAAUGAAUGGCAAUAAAGCCAGCAUUGAUGGAAUAAUUCAGUUUCUAAACGCAGGACCAUUAGAUCCAAAUACAGAAGUAGUAGUUUCCCCUCCAGCCAUUUACAUGGAAUAUGUACGAGGAAAACUUGACCAAAAGAUUGGAGUUGCUGGACAGAACUGUUACAAAGUAGAAAAAGGGGCCUUUACUGGGGACAUUAGUGCAAACAUGAUUAAAGACAUUGGAUGUGAAUGGGUUAUAUUAGGUCAUUCAGAAAGGAGAAAUGUUUUUGGAGAAAGUGAUCAGCUGAUUGGAGAAAAAGUAAAAUAUGCUUUAAGCCAAGGUGUAAAAGUUAUAGCUUGUAUUGGUGAAAAAAUAGAGGAAAGAGAGGCAGGCAAAACAGAAGAGGUGGUGUAUAGGCAAAUGCAGGCAAUAGUUGACAAUGUAGCACCAGACCAGUGGGCCAAUGUAGUGGUAGCCUAUGAACCAGUGUGGGCCAUCGGUACAGGAAAAACAGCCACACCAGCACAGGCCCAAGAAGUCCACCAGAAACUCCGGGCAUGGGUAGCAAAGAAAGUCUCUGAACCUGUAGCAAAUAGUCUUAGAAUAGUUUAUGGAGGCUCAGUAUCGGCAGCCAAUUGUAAAGAAUUAGGAGGACAGACAGACAUAGACGGAUCAUUAGUGGGCGGAGCCUCUCUUAAACCAGACUUUGUUCAAAUUGUUAAUGCUACACAAUAACUUGCGUAAAGCAAUUAGGUUUUUAAAUUAGAUUUUUAAUCUCAUGAGAUGUGCUUUUCAAGCUGCAAGAUACUUGAUAGGAGAACUUUUCAGCAUUUAUUUGUCAAAACAUGCAUAAUGUUAUGAAGAUUUUUGUUUUUAUUUUUGCAAAAUAUUUAUUAAGUUGCCUGGUUUAUUAACUUUUCCAUCAUCAUUGUUAAGUACGAAAUCCUUUUGCUUCAUUUAUAUGUACAAAAUAAUCUACAUGCUUAAUAAAAAAUUUAAAAAGGAUAAAUCCAUGAGAUUUCCAAACUUUUUGUUACCAAAUUGUCUGAUGCAUUCCAUUCAAAUAAGGUGUGGAAUGGUAGAAGGUGACUUCUUAUUGGUUCAGACCUCCUAGAACAAUCUAGUUAUUGCUGUUCUUAAUCUUGAGAGUUGUUUGAACAUCUUAAAGGUGCCAUAACAUGUGAUAUUGUUUUCUAUUGCUACUGUGUAGACAUGUCAAUAAGUAUUUUACUUUGAUUUGCUUUGACUCUAAAAUCAUCAAAUCAGAUUUAUUUUAUAAUGAAUAUUUCUUGCCAGGAGUAAUGUCCCUAUGCAGCAAGUAAUACUGGGUAUUAUGGAUAUUAUCAAUAUUAGUUUAUUAAUUCGAGCUUCAUGAUCAAGCUUCCAAUGUAGUUUGAAGAAAAUAAGGAAUAUUUCAUAGAAUAAAUAUAGGAAGAUGUGGUAUGAGUGCCAAUGAGGCAACUCUCCAUCCAAGUUACAAUUUAUAAAAGUAAACCAAUUUAUAAAAAUAAACAUAGUUAUGAUUUUUUUCUAAUAAAGCUAUAGUUCAGUAAUGUUCUAAAGUUAGAAAUAUAUAAAAUUGAUAUUGUAUCAUUAAAUUCUUUCACUUGCUUUUAUCAUUAAAUUCUUUCCAUGACAACAAACAAAUACCAGCUAGGAUAGGUGAAAAUCUUAUAAUGUUUUGUAGUACAAUUCAUAAAAUAACUUUUUGGAAAGGGAUAUUUACACAAGAAGGAAAACUAAACACGGACUGUAGUUCAUAAAAUAACUUUUUAAAUCUGAUAUUCACAUAAGAAGGAAAACUAAACACGAACUGUAUUAUUAUCUCAACCUUUAUUUAUGUUUUAAGAUUUGUACAGUUAGUACUCUUAUUUAUUUCUGUACAAGUGUAGUCUAUGAAAUAAGUAAUUUACUUUUUGAAAUAAAAUUGGAAAGUUUG